AUGACUAUCACAAAACCUGAAGAUUGUGACCAUCUAGAAGAAUGGAUUGCGGUCCAGUCAAUGCUUGUUUCUUGGAUCAGCAACACGUUAGAGCCAUCAAUCAGAUCAAGUUUGGGUGACUAUGAUAAUGCAAACUUGAUGUGGACACACUUGAAGAGAAGAUUUUGUGUUGUAAACGGAACAAGGAUCUGUCAGCUUAAAGUGUCUCUGAGUGAGUGCAAACAAAAGAAUAAGGAAGGUGUAGCUGUCUACUUUGGAAGAUUAAACAAGGUAUGGGAUGAGUUGGUGACAUAUGUGAAGGUACCUCAGUGUAAGUGUGGUAAGUGCGCUUGUAAUAUAGCAAGCCAGGUUAGUACGUUAAGCGACGAGGACUUCCUACAUUAUUUUUUGAUUGGAUUAGAUUCUGUGUAUAGCUCACUGCGUGAGCAGUUGUUGGCAAGUGAUCCAUUGCCAUCAAUAGACGUAGCCUACCAGACAAUGGUGAAUUCGGAGCGUCUGAGGAUAGGUGAUGUAGCUGUGUCAACGGAAGUACAAGAGAAUGUGAUGGCUUUUAGGGUUCAGUCUGAUCAGCGUCAGUUCAAUAAUACAUAUGAUCCUGACAAGUUUUGCAAGCACUGUAGCAGAGAAGGACACUCAGAUGAAGGGUGUUUUCAGAUCAUUGGAUACCCAGAAUGGUGGGGAGACAGACCUAGAGGCGAAAAAGGAAAUGGUAGAGGAGGCAGAACAGGUGGUAGAGGCCGAGCUGGUUUUGCCAAUGGCAGAGGAGGUAGAGGACAAGGAAAUGGCAAUCAGGUUAGAGCACACAAUCUGAAUAUAUCAGAGAAGACGUAUGCAGGUGGUGCGUGCUCAUCAGAUGGCUCAGGUUUGACGGGAGUAACAGCAACACAGCUUCAACAGGUGCUUGAGUUUUUAAAUACAAGAAAAUCCACGUCUCAGCUCCAAGGUAAGAAAACAGUAUGGAUUGUAGACACAGGGGCUACAAACCAUGUCACGUGUAAAAGGGAUGACAUGAUAGAUGUGAGAGAUAUUAAGGCAUGUUCAGUUGGUCUCCCAGAUGGGAAAUAUGCACAGUCUGAGAAAAUAGGAACCGUUAUUCUGCCUGGUGGUUUAAGACUAGAAAACGUGUUUUAUGUGCCUCAAAUAACGUGUAACUUAAUUUCAGUCACACAGCUUAUUGAUGAGUUGGAAUGUAGUGUUCAAUUUGAAGUAAUGGUUGUCAGUGGAAAUACGUAUGAGCUGUGGCAUCGACGAAUGGGACAUCCAUCAGACAAAGUGUUACAAAGUAAAGAAAUCAAAAUUGUUAGAAGUGAUAAUGGAACCGAGUUUAAUGCAUUGCGUGGAUAUUUUAGGACUAAUGGGAUAGUGUUUGAGACAUCAUGUGUUGGUACGCCUCAACAGAAUGGGAGAGUUGAGAGAAAGCAUCAACAUAUACUGAAUGUUGCAAGAGCUUUGAGAUUUCAAGCCAAUUUUCCAAUAUAUUUUUGGGGAGAAUGCGCCUUAACUGCUGCAUAUUUAAUUAAUCGUACACCUAUACCUAUUCUAAACAAUAAAACUCCAUAUGAAAUAUUAUUUGGAAAGAAGCCUCCAUAUAAUCAGUUGAAGGUGUUUGGAUGCUUGUGCUAUGUACAUGAUCAAGGUAGUAACAGAGAUAAGUUAGCGAGUAUAGGAAGAAGAUGUGUAUUUCUUGGCUAUCCUUUUGGUAAGAAGGCAUGGCAAGUGUAUGAUUUAGAUGCAAGAAGGUUUCUAGUGUCAAGAGACGUGAAGUUUUGUGAAUAUCAGUUUCCGUAUAGGAAUGAUUUGAAGGGAGAAUUGACUAAGACAGUACAGCUGGGGUCCAAUCCAUCGACUGAGAAGGAUCAGUCGGAUUCUGGAGGUUCUGAGACUGAUGUUGAUGAUCCAGCUGAGACCGAGUCCACUGCAGACACUGAGACCGAUAUGCCUAGUGUCUUGACAGGGACUGAGAACAUCGAUGAUUGUGGCAGUGUUGAUGUUAAUGAAGACGACACACUAGAACAACCUGUAGAGGAUGUCAAUCCUAGCAAUGAUACUACAGCUGCAGAAGAGUUGGACAAGGGAAGGCGUCGGAAGAUUCCUUCUAUUCAUAAGAAAUUUCUAGCAGCAUUAACAGCUGGGUCUGAGCCUCGCAAUUUUAAGGAAGCUAUGAAGCAUCCAGGGUGGCGGAAAGCCAUGGAAGCAGAAAUACGAGCACUGGAAGAACAAGGUACGUGGGAAUUGCAAGAAUUGCCACCGGGGAAGAAAGCACUUGGGAGUAAAUGGAUUUACACAUAG